CUGAUGAACCAGGGGACGGCCGCGCGCUGGCUCGAGGCUGCAGCUCCCCCAGGUUCCUGCAGUAUUGAGACAGUAGCAGGUUAGCCCGCCUCCAAAAUGAAGAAGACCCGGAGUACAACCUUACGGCGAGCCUGGCCUAGUUCCGAUUUCUCUGACCGGGCCUCAGACCGCAUGAGGUCCCGCAGUGAAAAGGACUAUCGUUUGCACAAACGCUUCCCACCAGCCUUUAUCUCCCAGGCAUCACGGGGCUACAUGACAUCAGGUGAUGUCUCUCCUAUCAGCAUGUCUCCCAUCAGUCAAUCUCAGUUUAUUCCACUUGGGGAAAUCCUUUGCUUGGCCAUCUCAGCGAUGAACUCUGCAAGAAAACCUGUCACACCUGAAGCAUUGAUGGAACACCUGACUACUUGUUUUCCAGGUGUUCCAACUCCAAGCCAAGAAAUCCUCCGGCACACGCUGAGCAUGCUGGUUCGCGAGAGGAAAAUCUAUCCCACUCCAGAUGGCUAUUUUAUUGUGACCCCACAGACUUAUUUUAUUACUCCUUCCCUCAUAAGAACUAAUAGUAAAUGGUAUCAUUUGGAUGAGAGGAUACCUGACAGGACUCAGUGUACCUCUCCACAGCCAGGAACCAUCACACCCUCCACCUCGGGCUGUGUCAGGGACAGAACGUUACCCAAAAACCACUGCGACUCUUGUCAUUGUUGUAGAGAAGACAUGCACAGCAUGCAUGCAUCUACGCUGCAGAGGAAAGCCGCCAAGGACUGCCCCCCUUCACUAUGCCAAUUGCCACCCACUGAAAAAAGUAAAAGUAUUGUAAAUUUUUCUUAUAAGACAGAAACGCUUUCAAAACCUAAAGACAGUGAAAAACAGUCCAAAAAAUUUGGGCUGAAGUUGUUUAGGCUAAGUUUUAAGAAAGACAAGACAAAACAACUAACUAAUUUUUCCGCACAGUUUCCCCCAGAGGAAUGGCCUCUGAGAGAUGAGGAGACGCCCACUACAAUCCCCAGAGAGGUGGAAAUGGAGAUUAUCAGACGCAUUAACCCAGAUCUGACCGUAGAAAACGUCAUGAGGCAUACUGCACUAAUGAAGAAACUUGAUGAAGAAAAAGCUCAGAGGAGCAAAACGGGGUCAUCCGCCCACCACAGCGGAAGGAGUAGGAAGAGCAGGAACCAUCGGAAGACCCACGGGAAAGCUCGUUCCCACAGCAAGACGCGAGGGUCCAAAGGAGGGGACCCUUCAGAGGGCUCUCAUCUUGAUAUCACGGCAGACAGAGACUAUGACCUGAAUGAUCCCCUCACUCGGUCGCCGCGGGAAGGCUGCUUCAUUGUUGAACACAAAGGGGAUCAUUUCAUCACGCACAGCCACCCUAACAUGAUUGAGCCUCAUUUUCCCAUGACCCCGGAAUGGGAUGUGUCUGGUGAACUGGCCAAGAGGAGGACCGAGAUGCCUUUUCCUGAGCCUUCCCGGGGAAGUUCUCACUCGAAGGUCCAUCGAAGUCACAGCCAUACCCAGGAUCGAAGGUCCAGGAAUGAAAGGUCCAAUAAAGCCAAGGAGAGAUCCAGGUCAAUGGAUAAUUCCAAAGGCCCUCUCGGUGCUGCUUCCUUAGGGACAACUGAAGACAUAGCUGAAGCUUGUAGCCAAGACGAUCCAACACUUAGCCAAUCUUAUACUGACGAUAGUACUUUAAGGCCGACACAGACUGUCAGUCACCAAAGGGCUCACAUUGCAUCCACAAACUAUAAAGAGGUGUGCAUACCUGAAGUUGUCAGUGGCAGCAUUGACCCCCCCAAUUCUUGUAGCCUUUCAGAGCAAAGCAAACCUCCAGAGAGUUUGCCAUCCUAUAAUGAACUCAAUGCCUGUCCAACCAAAGCUUCCAUGGAUGACUAUUUUCAAUGUAACACCUCCAGCGAGACGGUUCUCACUGCUCCAUCACCUUUGGGAAAGAGCAAAGAUGAUCCUGACGCUCUGACCUUGACUGAUGGGAUGAAAAAGCUGUCCUCUUCUGAGAGGCAGCCCCAGCACCCCACCAGAGAACCCAUGGUACAUAAAGAGGAGUCGCCCAAAGGGCCAGGGGGAGGCUUGGCAGCAAUUUCUGGCCCAGCCACAGACCCCGUUGCCAAUGGACGACUGUUCCCCCACCAUGGCACAGAGUCGAUCAGCCUAGAUAAGAUAUUCAGCAAAGACACGCUCUUCAAACCGCUCCAUAGUGCCCUGUCCAUGAACAGUUAUCACAAGCCAACCGUGUCCCUCCUGAAAGCUCACCCACAGUCAUCUCCUGAUGCUUUGCCAGGCCGCUGCGAGAUCCUGGAACAGUCCCUGGCAGCCUCCGUCGGCCAAGCCGCGCCCCUUUCCCAACGACAGCAGGAAGCCGGUGGGAACCAGGAAGCUUCCUUUGACUAUUACAAUGUCUCUGAUGAUGACGAUUCUGAGGAAGGGGCACACAAGAACGCGGAGGAGGAGAAGAAUAGGGACGAUGUGGGGACCAUGCAGUGGCUGCUAGAGCGGGAAAAAGAAAGAGACCUACAGAGAAAAUUUGAAAAGAACCUCACUCUCCUUGCCCCAAAGGAAAAUGAUAAUAGCAGCAGCCAGAGGGCAACACAUUCUGCCCGGCUGGACAGCAUGGAUAGUAGCAGUAUCACCGUGGACAGUGGAUUUAAUUCACCACGUACCCGUGAGAGCCUGGCUUCCAACACUUCCAGCAUUGUUGAAAGUAACCGUCGUCAAAACCCAACCCUGAGCCCCGCGCACAUGGGCGCCGCUCCAACAUUCAGCUUCCGCACAAGUGCAGACCCCUCAGCAAAUGAAGCCGAGAAGUUGCCGAAACCCAAUUGCUUGCAAGCUUCUGUUACUAGUGUGUGAUAGUCAUUCUGCCUCCUCCAAUCUUCUGUCUCAUCCUGUAUGGUGAAGUUUACGACAUUGGGACUGAUGUUUACAUCUUUGGGAAGACAAGCAUCUCCACCACAGUUUUGGUGUUUACUUAAACUGUGCUGCUAAGUAGGCUAGGACAAAAAAACAAAAAACAAAAAAAACAGAAACAAAAACAAAAAAAAAUCUUAAUUUCCAAGUAUUGUUUUUCACGUUUAUGGCUUUGUAGCAACAGACUAGCCCAGUAGGGGUAAUGUGUAUACUUUUGCUUAAUUGAUCAUAACUGAGCACAUAGGUCAGAGUCUAGCCACUGUAGGUGUUAGCUGCAUUUUUUGGUGUCACGCGGUUGCUAAUUCCAUUUACAAAUGCCACAGAUGUGUGAUAAUGCUCCUAGUCCAUGGUUGAACGGUGCCACAGAACUGAUCCUUCAUACUUAUUUCCCCCAAGUUAUGCCACCACAGAAAGCAUAAAAUAAAAGGCACAGGUCACCUUGAGGAAACACAACGCCCAACCCUACUAGAAAGGACCUCAGCCCUUCUCUGUCUGUGAAUUUAGACACCCAUCAUUUUCACUGUGAGUUCUCAUGACACACUUUUUGCAGGAGCCCUUGGAAGUGAGUCAGAAGGGAUUGUGUUCGGAUUAAUGGGUGUGUUUUGUUUUGUUUUGGUGAAUAUCAGAUGCUUAUCUGAUUCCUUACUUUUCAUAACUACAAACAGGAAGAUAGGCCUUUGAAUUUGAAGUGGACAAAGGAAGGGGGAAUUACCAGCUUAGCUUAGCAAGAGCACUAAGUGAUGGAAGAGGUAAUGUGGAUUUUUUUUUUCUAACUAUUAAAUCAUGUAUCUUAGGGAGGUCAUUUUAUUCUUGUGAUACUUAUGAUGUUCCUAGUUUAAUAUAAUAGAGGAAAUAACUAAUUUGUUUAAAUGAAAAGCAAUUUCUUUGUGAUACAAAUGAAAAAGGCCUGAGGAGUUUAUUUCUUUCUAAUGGAAGGACAUAAUUCUAUUUUAUGUAGUUUUAAAUAGAAUGCCUAAAUUAGGCUGUGGAAAAUAAUCUUUAGUGGUUAUAUGGAAGAGCAAAUUGAGGGAGAGUUGAAAUUCAGGCCUUUGAUUCCUGGAAAGAUAUUUGUGGACAUAUAAAAAUACGAUUUGAGUGGAAAUAGAAUUGUGCCCAUGUAAUUAAGAGCAGGAGGCCCUCAUUCUACAGGUGUGGCAUAUACAUAAUUUGUACUCCCCUAAAAUUUUCCAGAAUAAUUAUGCAUAUAUGAACUACGCCAGAGUAAUGUUUACAGAUACAUUGUACCAACUUUCAGGAGUUACUCUUAGGUAAGCUUAGAGAUAUCAUUAGCCCAUAUUGUUCCCACAAAUGGUUUGUUAAUGUUUUGUUUUGGUUUCCAGUUCAAGGCAUUAAAGAUGCCUUUCCACGGCUUAGGUAUUAUUACAAAGAUAGCACAUUUUCAGUCUCAAAAUAGGAUGGUAUUUGAAAGUUCCUAGAUUUUUACUGGAACAGCAAAUGAAAUAUGUAGAUGAUAAAAUGAUUUGUAAAAAAAUACAAUGUGAGAUGCAAGGCAGUGAUAUAUAACAGUAUGAAGAUUCUCUUUGUGAUGGGUUCAUUUUGUUUUGUUUUUGGUCAGCCAGGUAUUAUGAAUGAAUUACACAUUUAACUGUAAAUGAAAAUUGCAGUUUCAUCUCAGAUUUUGUUAGCAGGUAUAACAUUUUGUAAAACACUUCUGUCUUAAUAUCAUAAUUUGAACCACCAGGUAUCACAGAAAUCUGUACAGUCUUUUAUUUUAUGGUUGUUUGCAAUUUGUAGAUUCCCUCCCCCCCCCAACCCCUCCAAAUUGCUUUAGAACUUGAAACACUUAGGGACUUUCUAAUUCCUUUGCAGAUAUUUAAGAGGCACAUGGGUCAAAUUCCUUAUUUUGGGGAUUGAGAAUUUCUUUUUAUGUUGCAAAUAGACAGUCCCUUGCAUUUCUGAGUAGACUCCUAAACCAGUGGGCCUUCACCCUCAUGCCUUAUUUCCUCUAUGGCAUGCCAUGUCUGCUCAGAAAUGCAUCAUUUGCCUCAAUGUUUAAAUAUGUGCAGAAGGAAUGAUGACGUAUCUAAUAGACUCCAGAGUCCAUUUCUUUGGGGAGUUGUAUACCAUACGGUUACUAAAUUUUCCACAUAAAUUCAUUUCUUAAAAAAAAAACACAUACUUUGAAGUUUAUAUCAUGCUAUUGUGAUUCAUAAGGAAUAGAAACAUUGGAAUGCUAUGUUAACCUCGAGUUGGUCAUCUGAAAAUAGCCACUAUAAAAAUCAGAUAGUAUAUGAACAGAAAAGGAAAAAUAUCAUUUAAGAGAAACUUAUUAAAACAAAAAUUUGUCAAGCAUUAGACAAGAAGUUAACAGUCUAAUGAAACCUAUACACUAUUUGCCAGAUAAAUGGUGUAUAUGACUUCAAAAAACUCUCAUAGACCAGCAGUCAUUAGUAUUGAAAUUAUAGACUUUUUAAAAAAUGGAAUGUAAACAGGAGUUUCAAAUAGAAACAUUCUCAUCUGUAUUUAAUUUUUACUCUUGGAAAAAUGUAUUUACAAUGGUAUCUUAAGGCUGUUCUGUCUUGAGGUUCUUGGUGACCGAACCCUUGGGCCUCUCUCCAAGAGUUUCUGAUACCAUCAUACUCCUUCCAUGAGAUUAGAGCUUUCUGUUAUGGUUUCUUAUCUGGUCUUCUCUUUUUGUAUAUCGACUAAAAGGUUUACAGAACUGAGUUAGGUUGAAUCUCUCUGUGUGUUCAACUUUUAAAAGGUCAACACAUCUGUCAGUAUUUUGCACAUUUAAUAUGUAUUAUUAUAAUACAACAUAUUACUUUAUGGUAAUUUUUAUUUUCACAUAUAACUACCUCCAUGAAUUCAAUGAAAUGGCAGCAGUGUGUUCAAGGGUAUUAUAAAAAGCAAGGUUAAAACUUUCUCAAGCAUCAGGUCACAAUAUAUUCUCUGUGUGUUGACACUUGUGUUUAAAGUCACCAUUUCCCUCCCAUUUUCAUGAUUCCUUUUUUUUACUGUGUUUGGCUUUUCAGAUUCAGUCUUUGUAUUUCUCCUCAAGAAAGCUCACUGGGGUGUUUUUAGUUGUUGUUCAUAUCAAGAGAACAUUUAAAAUUUUUGUCUCUUUUCCCCAUCCCUGCUAAAUUUUUUUUCUGGUAGAUAGUUGGUAAGUGUGAUUUAGCAGGCUAUUUGCACCAAUUAGAGUUUUAGGUUUUCUAAGGCAAAGAAAACACACCAGAUAUUUGAACUGCCAACUUUGAAGCACUUUGGGCCCCAAUCUGCCUUCACUUGCAUGCUAACAUAUCAAGUCAAAUUUUCACUUUACUUGAGAGAGCUAUGUUGUACAUUCCAUUGUCACUCUGUCUCAUUCUCUCUCCCUCCCUUUCCCCCACUGGACUCUUUUUUCCUCAGUUGUUCACUUUCUGUCUAGACCAUGCAUAGUAUGCCAUUUUCUAUAUUGUGCACAUCUCAGGGUACCUUAAUGAGUAGAUUAAGAAGGGGGUGCCAUCCUAUCAAGACAUGAGCAAAAGAGCCAAAACAGAGGUAGCUGGAGGAGGAGGGAGAACAAAUCAUCAUCCCUCUUACUGUGCUUUGAAAUUUUGAGAUUUGAGUUUUUGUCCUGAAGUGUAGAAAUCAAAAGCUAAGCAGUAUAUUAGCCAUUCUCAAAUCCCUCUUUUUCAUAACCAGCAUUUAAAAGAAUUUUUUCUUCCCCACACACAGACAUUACCAAGGGAGGGACUACGUAGCAAAUGUAAAAAGAAAAAAAUCUACCUGGUGGGGGGGGGGGUAAAACCACUUCUUACCACAAAGUGUACUUGAAAAUAAAGUUUUUAACUUAAAUUAUAGAAAUAUUGCUCAUAAUAACAACACUUUUCCUGAUGUGUCUCACAAAGGCAGCAUUUGGAGCCUACUAAAAAUGAUUGAUAAGAACUUUGCACACAGUUCCCCUUGGAUCUCAAAGUGCUUCCAAAGCAUUCAGAUUCACUAAUGCUAAACAAACAAAAAAUAGUGGGUGCUCUUUAUUAUAACACCUAUUUGGGAAAAGAAUGAUCAGGUAGUGAGACUUGAGAUCACCCUCAGGGGCAGCUAUUGAUUAUUGAUUAUCUCUUUUCUAUUGGAUUGAUAGGCCAUUGUGAGAAAGCACUAAAUGGAAUGAUUUUCCCCUCCCUAUAAAGUGAAUAAUAGAUGUCAAUUUAUUAUUGUUAAGUGUCAAUAAAGAGAAAAUAAAUAAUAUUUUACAUCAUCCAUUUUUACUUAGAGAUUUCAGGGUUUUUUAAUGAAUUUGAUGUCAUCCCCUCAGCUUAUAGAAUAUGAGGCAAAACUACACACAAAUUAAUUGACACCCCUCCCCAAAUAUCCCACUUGAACUAAUGGUAGUUCUAGACAUACUCCCUCAUCUAUGAUUUUUAUAUUAAACUUCUGCAUCUUCUAUGCCACAAUGACAUUCUUCAGGAACAAGGCUGCUCUCGGCAGUAGAAGGUGCUCAAUACACAUUUUAAUUAAAAACUUUAUCAAGUACUUUUUACAGGGCUGUUGGGCACAAAGGAAAAUCCGUACAAUCCAUUUCUGCCUAUUCUUUUGGAGGAUUUGGAUUCCUGAAGGGAGCUGGUGUUGUUAUCCUCAUCCUCUAAAAGAAGAGAGAUAAAAACAGCCUUAACAGCUCCAUGCUCCUCAAAUUCCAAUUGGCCAGUUGACAGAGCUGUCCAAUGUGCUGUCAUACUUGGGAGCACCCAGAGCACAGCGUUCCCUUUGUUGACCACCUCCAGUACCAUCUUGUCUGCUUACAGAAGACAGUCUAUACUUAUUCUUCUUCUGUCUGUAAGUGGCUCUCCUCUGCACGUUAGGUUUAGGGGAACCUAAAUAUAUUGAAAACACAUAUAUGGUUUUGAGAGACAUCAUCUGGUUUUCGUUCAAUAAGGUGUUGGGCUGAAUAGAGAUGAAUAUCAAAUGCCUUUGCCAAGUGAACAAAUAAAUACUUUCAACUGGCUGGGACCUGAUGAUUGGCUUUCCCCAUUCUUCUUCCUUAAGAAAGCUUUACAGUGUUAAGAAUGCAUUCAGUAUUCUUAUUUUUCUGGGAGAUUUUUAUUUAGGAGAUACUCCUUCAACUUUAGACUAUUUUUAAAAAUCCAUGGUUAAGUUCUACUUUUAUAGUUGAAUGAGGGACUGGAAUCUCCUAGGCCAAGUUAGUUGAAGUUGUCUUUGCAGCACCAUCCUGAUAGACAGGUGCCAUAGCUUUUCCAAAUAAUCAGAUUGCCAUGGGUCAUUUGGGAUUCUACUGGAAUUCUAGAAGGCUGAUGUGGAUUAGAAAUAUGACUUAGAUUUGAAAAUUAAAUUUUCUUCUAAUAGCUAUAGAUACACAUACACACACAUACACACCCAUUACAGGGCUUUAAUAUUUUGGCUUCAGAUAUGAACAUCUACCACCAUACCAGCUGAAGGCAGGGGAUGUUUCCGAAGUGGUGACUGGAGGAGGUGAGGAAACCAUGGAAUUCCAGACUAAUUCCGCCCACUCCCUGCCUCCCCAUUCCAAGGGCUGACCUCAGUGCCCCUGUUCCUUUUACUGCUCCCACCAAAAAGAGGUACCAAAUCUGGGAUCUUGUGAAGAUCUCACCUGAUUUACAUCCAUCCUUUGCAGUUAGGUGAAAGAAUCAUUGAAGUGCACACUAGACAAAUCCUCCCAUUCCUAUUACCCCUGUGUCCUGUCCCCCCUUCCAUGUCCACCUAGAUGCUGAUACACCGCCACAUGUUUCCACAUUGGAAGGGCAGACUAAUGUGCAGUAUUGUGCACACAUGCUGGGUUAGGGGAUAGAGCCACCCUAAGGUCACCUCCAUGUAAGUAUGACAGCUAUAAAGAAGGUCCUUAGAGUAGUUGGCAUAGCUAUUAUUUUAGAGAUGAGACUUCAGUUUAAAUACUAACUUUAAGGGAUCAUAAUUCUGCAGGUAUCUUUCCCUGAGUGACUGAAUGUGACUGUUGCAUUAGGUUAAAUGAGUUAAGAAACGCAAGUGGGAUUUACUGUAUGUUAGAAGGGAGUUUUGCAGCCAAGACUGCCUUGAAUAAAUGUGUUUGCACUGAAAAAAAUUUUUAAAAAUUUACUUGGUCUCUGGUUGCUGUAAAGGUCAUCCAAGAUGGAUGUUCUGUUUAUAUUGUAUAGUAUUUCAUAUGAAAUAAUUACAGCUCAUGAAAUGUCUUCCCUAAUGUUACUGAUUUAUAACAGCACAUUUGUAACAUGGUUUUUAUUGUGUCUGUGUACCAUAUUGUAAAUGAUGAUUACUUGUCAUGCUUAGUAUAAUAACUUAAAAGGAAAAAAAAGGACAGGGAUUUUUGUAAGUCUAUAUUUGAAAGUCCCUCCACAUGGUAAUAUUGUGUUCAUGUUCUCUAUGUAGUGU